AUUGCCUUCAUCCACCAUGCAGAGGGUAUCUGAUUCAGUUACGUCAAUCUUCCAGUUGGAAACUGGGGACGGAUGCCUUGCCACCUGCCUGCAAGGGGGUUCAACCAUAGUUUAUAGCGACAAGUUCGGAUUGGGGUGGCGUUUUGGGCUGCAAUACGCAAAAGGAGGUUGGGCUCCUGCUAGAGUGAAGGUUUACCUUGAUCACACUCAUUGCUCGUCGGCGACGGACGCCGCCACGGUGACUGUUUGCCUUAAAGAUGGGUCUGCUUCAGAGGUUCCUUCUUUUGGCAGCAAGACGAUCUCGAUUGCUGACUUUGGCCAUGGGCCCCCCGCACUUCUUGGCUUGUUCUCGCCGUCCACUAUCGUUGCACACCCUUACAUGUGGUUUACGGUCACUACGAAAGCAAACUUUCCUCCAGUUAUCGCUGACCCCCUCAUCAAUACUGCUUCUGCUCUGAGGCAGUCCAUGAACAGCGGUGAAGUCGCCAACACCAAAUACCAUGCCGUGUCCAAGCGUAGAACUUGGAGAUCUUCAGGAGAGACUCGCUUCGUAUAUGCAAAUAGUGCAGUUUUGGACCACGGCGCCGAUAUCGAGCCAGUUCUCCCUUCAUCUCCCAAUGAGAAUUCUUUACUCGUUCACUACCUCACCGAAUCUAGGCUGAUGAGGGACGCCGAGCUACAUCAGGAUUAUGACCUCGACAGCGACAUCGAGGAAGAAGAAAUAAAACAAGGAGCGCCUAGUCAACCCCCGCCUUAUUUUAGCCAGAGCUAUUCCCCUGGGGCGGCACCCGCUGAGUCCGAUUUCUCUGAUACCACUUCCGAUAGCAGUGCUCUAAGCUCGGAUAAUGACAACCUUGGCUGGACGGAAUCGGCGGUUACGCAGCCUCCAGGUUUCCGCUCGACGGACACAUUGACCGCUGAGCCGCUGUCUCGACCCGUUUCUCCUACCCAACGAAUGGUGUUAGUUCGAAACACGGCAUUCGCGACCUGGGCAUCCUACAUAUACUAUUGCUAUACUGGCCAAGUUUCUUUCUAUCCUCUGAAGUCCAAAGAUCCGCUCAGCCGACGUAACAACACAACUCAGACUUUACGCUGCUCUCCCAAGUCGAUGUACCGACUCGCCCUUAAGGUUGGUGUACUAUCUCGCGUCCUUUAUGGCAACAGGUUAACAAGAAUCCCGAAGCUCAAGAACGCACGUUUAGAAGCUCUGGCGUUCCAGGCAAUCAAAUCUAGUUUAUGCGAGAGCAAUAUAUUGGCUGAGGCGUUCUCGUGGUUUACAGCUCAGUACACCGACAUUCAAAACAUGGAGCUAGACCUCCUAAUGGAGUUCCGCAGCACACCUGAGGUAUCAAGUCGUCUGGAGCGAAUGGCUGAAGCUGUUUCCCAAGGAGAAAAGCGUUAUGCACGUGCUAUGCUUCAUGCCUUUUUAGCAAGAUUAACACGGCAAGGGGCGGGCAGUACCGGUACACAGUGAAGUUGCAGCAGUCAUCCCAUCACUUGAUCAGCGUUGUAUUUGUAAGUCGUGUUGUCCUUAUGUUGUCCUCAUGUUGUUGUCUUGUCUUUCACACCUCAUCAUACGUCACGGUGUUGUGUCACCAUGAACUUGCUUUGUUAGGAUUGCUGGAAAAAUUUACGAUCGAGUGUGUACAAAGUUUACCGAUCUACUGUAAUGUCUACUACUGCUAACACAAAUUGGCUUGCUUGACGGAAGUUACGCAUGUCGAAAGUUUGAAAACCCUACUUGCUUUCGGAAACAAGGAAGUAAAACCGUAAUGACGACAUCCGAGACUGGUGAUAAAUCGGCGUUUGAGUUGAAGUUUUGCAUAUUAACGCGAAGGUGG